CUCCCGCCUGUUCGGCGCCGCUGUCUUCUUGGAAAUGAGUCAGGGCCAAAGGGAGGGGGCUCAGGUGACCCUCCUCCCACCAGUCCCUUAUAAAGGCCUGGGACUGGGUCCUCUACACCAGAGCAAGUCCUUGGCCUGCACAACAGGACGGAAGGCACCAUGGCACUGAGCACUCAGACCCAGGCUGCCUGUCUCCUGCUGCUUCUCAUUGCCAGCCUGAGCAGUGGUGCCAUUCUCCAGCAACAGCUCGGACAGCCCGCAGCGCUCCAGCCGUGGCACAGGGCAGAAUCCAGUGCCGACAGGAUGCUGAUCCAGACACGAAAGAAGCGUGACACACACUUCCCCACCUGCAUAUUCUGCUGUCACUGCUGUAAGAAUCCUGGCUGCGGACUGUGCUGCAAGACGUAGAGCCGAGCGCCGAUCUCUCAACACCCCAGCCUCCCUCAGCCAUUUAUUUAUUCCUGUCCCGCCUCAGCACUCAGCAGUGAGCUUGAAAUAAAGGCAACUUUCUUGUUUUCAAAA